CAUACACUCACACACUCUGACACUCACCCUCUCCCCUGCCAGCCCAUCCCAGACAGGCUCAGUCCCUUCCCUGCACCAGACACUCAGCCUCUGCUCUCACCCUUCAUUGCCCAAAGCCAUCACCCAGCGGCUCCCAGCAUGGCACACAGCUGUUUCUCUGGGCCCUACGCGCCCUCAGCCUCCGCCAAUUCUGUCUGCUCCAGUGAUGUGAGCCCCAGCAGCAACAUCUGCUUGCCCAGCUCGUGCCUGGGGGGCUCCUCCUGGCAGCUGGAUGACUGUCCAGAGAGCUGCUGUGAGCCCUGCAGCAGCUGCGGCCCCUCCUGCUGCCCAGCCCCGUGCUGCCCGCCCACCUCCUGCUUCACCCUCAUGUGCCGACCAGUCUGCUGUGUGCCCGCCUCCUGCCAGCCCUGCCCAGCUGUCUGUGCCCCCUCCUGCUGCCAGUCCACUGGCUGUGGGGCUUCCUGCUGCCAACCCUGUCCCUGUACCCCCGUGCAGUCCUGCUGCUGUGUGCCCGUGUGCUGCCAGGGCAAUUGCUGUGUGACCUUGUCCUGCCCAGCCCCCUCCUGCUGCCAACCUGUGUGCAGCCCAGCCACCUGUUGUGUGCCUCUCUCCUGUAAACCCACCUGCUGCACCACCUCUUCCUCCUCCUGCUGCUGUGGCCCCUCCUGCUGCCAGCCAGUGUGCAAAUUAGCCACCUGUUGUGUGCCUCUCUCCUGCAAACCCACCUGCUGCACCACCUCUUCCUCCUCCUGCUGUUGUGGCCCCUCCUGCUGCCAGCCAGUGUGCAAACUAGCCACCUGCUGUGUGCCUCUCCCCUGCAAACCCACAUGCUGCACCACCUCCUCCUCCUCCUGCUGCUGUGGCCCCUCCUGCUGCUGUGCCCCCUCCUGCUGCCGCCCCACCUCCUCUGUGUCCCUCAUCUGCCAGCCCACCUGCUGCAGACCUUCCUGCUGCUCCACCUCCUGUGGCCAGAAAUCCUGCUGUUGA